AUGAACAGCGUGUGGAGUGAAUCCCUCGUGGUCUGUGACGUCGCGGAAGACCUUGUGGAGAAGCUGAGGAAGUUCCGCUUCCGCAAAGAAACGAACAACGCUGCCAUUAUCAUGAAGAUCGACAAGGAUAAGCAGCUGGUGGUUCUGGACGAAGAACAUGAGGGCAUUUCUCCUGAUGAACUGAAGGAUGAACUUCCCGAGAGGCAGCCUCGAACGUUCAUCGUCUAUAGUUACAAGUACCAGCACGACGAUGGGAGAGUCUCCUAUCCCCUCUGCUUCAUCUUCUCCAGUCCUGUUGGUUGCAAGCCCGAGCAGCAGAUGAUGUACGCCGGGAGCAAGAAUAAGUUAGUCCAGACGGCUGAACUGACAAAGGUAUUCGAAAUAAGAAACACAGAAGACCUCACCGAAGAGUGGCUCCGGGAGAAGCUGGGCUAUUUCCACUGAAAGCCGAAUCCGGCGUUCCGUCCAGGUGCGAACUGGAACCAGACGCGAAUCCUUUAACAACCAUCAAAGACUGCACUGUACUUCUCGGUUGUUUCCUGCCGUGCGUGGUGCGUGCGUGUGUGUAUGUACAUAUAUAUUUUUGUGCGUGCAAAGUUUAUACGCCCUUCGGGGGAGGAAGCGUCUC